AGUACCACCCACUUUCUGCAUAGGAGCCAAUAAUGUGUCAGUAAACAAAACGAGGAAGAAACCGACAUUACAGCUCAUUUUCACAGUUUCGCCCUUUGACCAGGAUGGAAACCAUAAUAAAAUACGAGGAACUGAAAGCUCUUAUAGAAAGCAACAAGGAUCUGGUUCUGAUUGAUGUCCGCUCCCAAGGUGAGGUGGCUGGAGGACGCAUCCCUGGUGCCAUUCACAUUCCCAUUCACGCACUAGACGCUGCUCUUAGAAUGAACCCAGAUGACUUUAAAGCCAACUAUGGCUUAGUGAAGCCACCGCUGAAUGUUCCUCAACUGGUGUUUUACUGCCAGGCAGGCGGGCGAUCAAGGAUGGCAGCAACAACGGCGAUCCGAAACGGAUAUAUUAAUGUACGUGAUUAUGCUGGAGCCUACAGCGAAUGGUCGAGAAAAGAAAGGAAAUGAUUUCUUUUUAGGGAGAAGCCUCAUAUUGUGCAUUAUGUUUAUGCAAGUUUUGCAAAUAUUUUGAUGCUGACACAGAAACAGUAAAGUCUCAAGUCAUAGCGCACAAUAAAUUAGCAUGAAAUAAAAUGUUUUUUAUUCUUAAAGCGGCCUUUGUGAGAUUACUGUAGUGGUUUAAUU